CAAAAGAGCGGACACGCGACGGCACGCUUCUUCUCGACGAGUUUUCCUAACCUAAAUAUCGGAGCGUCUAAUUUGUGCUCCGGCUCGACGCCCGUAAGUGUCCGGAGUUGAUACACUUCCUUCGCUUUCCCGCUGGCGCGGGGAUGUGCAGCGUGUAUUUGUCGCGCCUCGCCAGUUGCUUCACGGUAAAGCAUGUAAGUGAAAGUCGGAGUCCCAGCAUGGAUGAUGUUGUCCCAGCUUCACCAUUAACUCCUUGCCCCAUCUGUGGGCGAACAUUUCGUCCCGAUGCUUUGGCAAGGCAUCAGCGAGUAUGCGAAAAGACAAAAGCAAAGCAGCGGAAGGUGUUCGAUUCAUCAAAACAAAGGGUUGAGGGUACUGAGAUGAAAAAUGCCCUCAAGCAGGUACCGUCCUCACCUAAGGUACAGAAAGCAAAGCCCAGGACCAAUUGGAAAGAAAAGCAUGAAGAGCUCAUACGAACAAUACGAGCCGCCAGGGGAGAAGACACGGGACCAACGACUGAUGGGAACACAAACGGGACAACGGGCCGUCCCGCGAUUCCAGCAGGUUACGUGGAAUGUCCCACAUGCAACCGCAACUUCAGCGACCGAGCAGCUGACCGGCACAUUGCCUGGUGCCAGGAGCGAAAUAAUCGCAUCCCUCCGAAGAGCCCUGCCAGUGCCGAAGCAGUUGAAAGGCUCAAGGCAAGGACCAAGUACAAGGUUCCAACCCCGGGGAAGAAGAAUGGCACAGUGAGCCCCUCCGGGUCCCAUGGCUCCAAGGAACUGGCAUACAAGACAGUGGCAUCAAAGGCAGUUGCCGGGAACCACAAGAGGACCAAGUCUUCACCGUCCAUGCUGGAGGCCAACGGGACCAGCACAGGACAUCCCAAGAAGGCAGCCGUGAAUAGGAAAGCAAAGCUGCUUCCAGCACCUUCAAAGCUGAAGACAACAAAAGCAGGAGGAGGGGUCAUGAAGUUCAAAGAGAAAUUUCCCAACCAUGUCAGCAGCCCUCACAGAUACACUGACGAUGGCUAUGAUCCCUACAAGAAGGCAGAUUUGCAGAUGCGUGAGCUGAUAAGGGGUACCACACUGGCACCGAAAAACCCGAGAACGGUCCCUGGAGUGCGUACACAGGGUUUGCACAACAACACCAGCAGCAACACCAGUGAUUCUAACAGCUACACCAGCACCAACAGUAGUGGUUCUGAGAACAGGCUGGAUGAAGAAAUGAACUUCCUGAACUCAAAGUUUGCAGAGCUUGCGAGACCAGGCUUUACUGGAGAGUUCACAAAUAACUGGGCCAAGCGCAUGAACGACAAUGCGGUCACAGUGCUGUCGGUCCAAGACCCCUCCAACGGGGCUCCCCACGGAUCACGCCUUGCGGACCACGAACCUCCGACCAGCAGCAGCGGCAGCGACGGUUCCCUCCUCGGCUACGGCAGCACCGGCAGUGGUGCACCAGAGCCCAAGGUGCCCUACCUGUGCCACCAGUGUGGCACCGUGUACCCGGUGUCGGCGGCAAAGUUCUGCUACGAGUGCGGAGCAAGGAGGCUGGGCCUCAUCGCUCUCUACGGACAGUGAGGCGGUUGUUCACUUUGUGCCAGCGGGUCAUGCAGGGAGGGUGUUAUUGGUAUUGUUGCUGUUAGUCCUUUGGCUCUCGACGAGCGAGGGGUUUGGGAGGUCGUACAAGAAGAAACCUUCGAGUGGCUCUUGUAAGACUCUGAUGCAGCCAUGCUGAACCGAGGAAAUGACUGGUGCUGGUUGGGAUGUAUCGCAAGAGCAGUCUGUCGAUUCUUGCGAGUUCUUUUCUAUCGCACACAGUUUUUACAAGUUGUUCUCUUUCGAGUCGUGAUUUAAAGCUUGUUUGUUAUUUGUAGCCGUAUAGAUUAUUGGGCCAGUUAAUUCGUGCACCAUGGUUUGCUACGUAUUACCAAAAAGAGGUUCUAUCUCUCCCCUCAUUUUAGGUUUUUUUUUAUGCUCAUUAUUUGUUUUGUCACUUCUGAUGACUGCAGCAUUGGUGAUGUUAUUACAGUCUAUGGGAUUUGUUUCUUUGCUAUCAGAGUUGAAUAGGAUUGGCUAAAUUAUUAACGCUGCCUUUCGUGUUUGUGAUGGAUCAAAAUCAGAAGGCUGGUUGUUCUUCACCUACUAACUCCAGUGGUACCCUGCAGUCUGCAUCAAUUUUUACUAUUGAAGCUAGUAACUUGCAUGAGUAAUGUAUGAUUGAGAGAGAAUUUUGCAUUUGCAUUGCUACAAUAUAUAUUUUUUCUCUCAAGCUACACAAUGAUACAAUCAACUCUAACUGCAAGUUAUGCGAGUUCACUUUACAUAUGUUCUCUAUGUUGCACCUCUUGCAUAUCAAACUUUUGACUUAUUGAAUAGUGCAAGAAUAUGACAUUAGAAUGUAAUGCUUUAAGCAGCUUACUAUAUUUUGUGGUGAAUUUUGUGAAUUUCAUGCAGCAAAUAUAUUGCCACAGUGAUGAAUGCUUGUGGUCCACAUGCCUAAUUGCUAGAAUUAAUUCCUAUGAAAUAUUAUGAAAACCAGCACUUUGGAAAAUCUAUAAAAUAUUGAUGCCAAGAUUAUAAAGUCAUCUACAGUUUAAAUCAAUCCCAAUUCUAAUCCCUUUCUACAAAUUUUGUGAUAAUUCCACUAAAAAGACUUUAAGUGUAGGAUUAUUAUUAUUUUUACAACAAUGCUAAUACAGAACUGAAUAUCAGAGGACACUGCAGUUUCAGUCUUCUUCCAGGCAGCUUCAAGAGGAUAAUGGGACAAUCUUGAAAGGCAGUAAUUUUCUUGUGCAGUUUCGUUAAAAAUAUUUUUUGUCCAUGUUGUUUCUGACCAGCACAUGAUGACUGACUCCAAGUGCUUUGCCUGAAACAUGUAAUAUGUUCCCUGUCAUUGAAUAUACCGUGCCACUCAAACCCUAUCAGAAACUGAGUUACAUAUAAUUUGAGGUUACAGCUGUGCUCUUGAUGUUGCUGUUUGUUCUAGUUUAAGCUUGAGGAGAGUAUUCCUACAGUUUAACCUUUACUAUAAUUUUUAACUGAUUGCAUGUGGACAAAAGAAAUGGUGCUGGCAAUGACUUAAAGAAGCUAUUUUAUGAGUGUCAAGGCUUCCAUUCUGAAUGUCAUUUAGUCACAUUCAGAAAAAACGUUCCCUUGUGGUAAUGGUGGACAUGUUUUUUUAAAAUAUUUGAUCUCCUAUACGCCAUUCUAAUGUUAAUACAUGCACAGCCCAGCAUACAAUCCCUACCGCCCCACGCAGGUGUGUUGAUCACUUUGGCAAGAAAGCAGAAUAUGUGCCAUAUGCACAAAAGCUGAAAAGCACAUUGACCAAAAGUUAUUUCUUUGAAUGGUCGACCUAUACGGCCAUAAUCAUAAAGAAAGCAUAUUUGCUGGUAUUACCGGGAUGUGAUCCAGUGUUUUGAAGGUAUUCCUUGGGUUUCCUUUUAGAAGUUGGGCAUUAUACCUCUAGUGUUCUUUGUUUGCAAUGAAUGUUAAUUUCACCUUUGUGUAGCAUCCUGUUUUCAUUACAUUCUGCCACCUUAUGUAUAACUUGAUGCAAGUCCAUGCUUUCUGAUGAAAGACUGAGUUCUUGAGCUGACAUUGAUGUUCAGCAUUGUUUAGCAUUUGGUUUAAGCAUAUAUCACCACCACUGAACAAUCUGUUUGUUUUUCUUGUUCUUUUGUUUUUUUUAUGAUAAUGCAAUUAAUUUAAAGGUGCAAGCGAGCUGGACACGAAUGAUGAUAAUAAUCCCGGAGAAGGGGAACAAGGGUACAAAGGACAAACACAAAUUUCCAAACACGGCAAACACAGUCGCGCACCAGUCUUUUAGCUGUGUUUGGAUAUUUGUGUUUGUCCCCCUUCUCUAGGGAUUAUUAUCGUUAUUCUCAUCCAGCUCGCUUGUACCUUUGCAUUAAUUGCAUUAUCAUCAUAACAUUGAAUUGCAGACCACUCGCCCUUGUUAGUGUUAGACUGGUUGCAGUUUUUAAAACUCGUUUGCUCUACUGACGUCUAACUCCUGGUUAGCUCAGUUGGUAGAGUGCUCCACUGGAAAUGGAGGGGUCC